AUUUUAUUUAGAAAACCCAUGAAAUUAAAAGAUAAUUAAACUCCUUUAGUUUUUCAAGGAAUAAUUUAAUGAUCAUUAUGGAGGAUAAGGCAGAAAAUGCAUAAUUGUAUUGUUAUAGAAACAAUGUUGUAUAUUGCAAAAAAAAAGAAUAGUAAAUAGGAUGAGCAAAAUCAGGAGGUAAAAAAAAUAAUGGAUUAAGUGAUGGAGACUAUCAAAUACAAGGAAACCAAAAAAUGCAAAUGUUAAUUCAAUCACACAUUCAUUCAUUUUAGGGUUAGAGAGGUAUUCUUUGAUGGAAUGAUGGCCACAAAAAUUAAGAGAUGUUUGUGAAUCUGCUUGAAAAUUUGAUUGCCAAAUCAGUACUUAAAAAAAAAUAUCAAUACAUUGUCUAAGCAUUAAUUAUGAUUAUG